CCGCGUUCACGACAACCCAUGCAGCUCCUACCUGAGCAGCGGCAGCUUGGCGCUGCCGCUCCUUUUCGGGCGCUUUGAGGUACUUCCAGGCAAAACCCACACACACGGCUGCGGGGCGCGGCCCGGCUCCUCCACUGUCCUGCGGCCGCCAGCUCGGUCGUCUUGCGCCCUCCUGGUGCCUUCACCCUUGCCUGGCCUCACGCAGGCCUCGUAGGCACCUGACGAGCCUGGACCCAAACCCGGGGCCAGGCGCCAGGAAGCCGCAACCCGGCUCCCCACACGCGGGCAGGAAGGGGCUGGACAGCCGUCGCCGCAGCCCUCCUCCGGUAAGGCACGGAACGGCGCGGCGGGCGCUGGCGCGGCGGGAGCGGCAGGCCCGAUCUCGCGCAUACGCUCGGCUCUGGCGUGAGGUAGCUGCAUGCUGCUGCCCGGCACACAGCUGGUUCGCCGGUCUCUCUGCAUACGUGCUCUGGGCUGCGUGCCCUCACGCUCCUUCAUGAAUCUCAGGGAUGUGGUUUCUGCCCUGAAUGACUUUGCAUCCCUCUCUCUGGCUGAAAGCUGGGACAAUGUGGGGUUGCUGGUGGAACCAAGUCCUCCCCACACUGUGAACACCCUUUUCCUUACUAACGAUCUCACUGAGGAGGUGAUGGAAGAGGCCGUGCAGAAGAAGGCAGACCUUAUUCUUUCUUACCACCCUCCUAUAUUCACACCACUCAAAAGGGUAACGUGGAAGACCUGGAAAGAACGGCUGGUGGUCCGAGCCUUGGAGAACAGAAUGGGGAUUUACUCUCCACAUACUGCAUAUGAUGCCGUACCUCAUGGAGUCAAUAACUGGCUCACAAAGGGACUUGGUGCCUGUACUUCCAUCCCACUGCGUCCAUCAACUGCCCCAAGCCAUCCAGCUGAGGGCACUCACCGGGUAGAAUUCUGUGCAAACAAUACUGAGCAUCUGGACACAGUGCUGUCCAAAAUCAAAACCAUCCAAGAGAUCUCCUGUCUUGUUACUCUUCCUGUCAGGGUUGAAGGUGAGGAGCAAACACGAGUCAGUUUGAACUGUUCUCAGAAAGCACUGUUGGAGGUGGUGGCGUUAUUGUCCCAGGACAACCUUUAUCACAAGACUGAGAUUCUCUUACUACAAAAGCCUCUUCUUCCCCAUAAUGGAAUGGGACGUCUGUGCACGCUGAGCGAGCCAGUCUCUUUGUCAGACAUAAUUGAGCGUGUUAAGAACCACCUAAAAUUACCCCAUGUCCGCUUAGCCAUGGGAGCGGGCAAGACACUAGAAUCACCAGUAAAGAAAGCUGCUCUGUGUGCUGGUUCUGGGAGCAGUAUCCUGAAAGGAACAGAAGCAGACCUGUAUCUCACAGGAGAGAUGUCCCACCAUGACAUUCUGGAUGCAGUUGCCAAUGGGAUAAGUGUUAUCCUGUGUGAGCACAGUAACACAGAGCGAGGCUUCUUGUCAGAGCUGCGUGACAUGCUAGCUAUCCACCUAUUGAACAAAGUCAACAUAAUUGUGUCUGAGAAAGACAGAGAUCCCCUCCAGGUGGCAUAAGAGAAAAAAAAAACCAGGAGAAAAUUCAGUCAAGAGUUUCAAUUAUGUCAACUGCAAGCUUAAUGAAGAUGUUGUGAACUGAUUCAGAACAAAAGGAUGGCAUUCUGUAUUCCCGUGAAAUUGUGAUGUAUUUUGUCUUCUGUCAGAUAAAUAAAUGCUUGU